GGCUGGUGGAUGGUGGACAACGCUUCUUCUUGAGUCUUUUCCAGUAAAAUUUCAACAAACAAAUUGUAUCAAAAAAGAUGCGACUGAACUGUCCCCCCAUGUGGAGUGUGAUUAGCGUGUUGACUGUGCUCGUACCCCUUUGGGAGAUGGGCUGCUCUGGCCUGACCUUGAACUCAGUGCCCCUGCAUCAGGUCGGGAUGUACCAAAGGAGCGGCGAAGGGGGGGCACACCACAGGCAGAGGCGCAGCUGGGUGUGGAACCAGUUCUUUGUGCUGGAGGAGUACAUGGGGGACGAGCCACUCUACGUGGGCAAGCUGCACUCGGACGUGGACAAGGGUGAAGGGCAGGUGAAGUACGUACUCAACGGAGAGGGAGCUACCUCCAUCUUCACCAUCGACGAGAACACGGGUGACAUCCACGCCACCAAGCGUCUGGACCGCGAGGAGCAGCCUUACUACACGCUCCGGGCUCAGGCCAGGCACCGUCACACCAACCUGCCCGUGGAGCCAGAGUCUGAGUUCGUCAUCAAGGUCCAGGAUAUUAACGACAAUGAGCCAAAGUUUCUGGAUGGACCCUACUCAGCCAGGGUCCCUGAGAUGUCCCCAGUGGGCACAUCUGUGGUGACGGUGGUGGCGACUGAUGCGGAUGACCCCACGUAUGGAAACAGUGCCAGGGUGGUCUACAGUAUCCUUGAGGGCCAGCCCUACUUCUCCGUGGAACCAAGAACAGGCGUGGUCAGGACGGCUCUGCCCAACAUGGACCGCGAGGCUAGAGAACAGUAUCUGCUCGUCAUCCAGGCCAAGGACAUGGUGGGUCAGAUGGGAGGACUCUCCGGGACCACCUCUGUCACGGUGACGCUCACUGACGUCAACGACAACCCACCACACUUCUCUCGCAAGAGUUAUCAGUUCAGUGUGCCCGAGUCCCUGCCGGUGGCCACGACGGUAGCCAAGAUAAAGGCGCUAGACUCAGAUGUGGGACCCAAUGCUGAGAUGGAAUACAGGAUCGUGGAUGGGGACGGCCUGGGACUGUUCCGAAUCACCCCCGACCCAGACACACAGGAGGGCCUCAUCACUCUGCAAAAGGGCCUGGACUUUGAGACCAAGUCGAGCUACACCCUGCGUGUCGAGGCGUCCAAUAGAAACAUCGACCUGCGAUUCCUGUCCCUGGGGCCGUUUAGCGACACAGCGACAGUGCGCCUCAACGUGCAGAACGUGGACGAGCCGCCCGUCUUCUCCUCGCCGUUCAGCAAGAUGGUAAUCUCGGAGGAGGCAACUGUAGGCACCACCAUUGGGACCAUCUUCGCACAUGACCCAGACUCCACCAACAGUCCCAUCAGAUACUCUAUAGACCGCAACACCGACUUGGAGCGUUUCUUCAACAUAGACGCCACCACCGGUGUCAUCAGCACCGCCAAGCCCCUGGACAGAGAAGUUAACGCCAUACACAACAUCACCAUCUUCGCCACGGAGAUCCUGGACCCAUUGCAAGUGGGAAAGGGUGUAGUUCUGAUCACAGUGACGGACAUCAAUGACAACGCGCCUGUCUUCGCCAUCGAGUAUGAGACCUACCUUUGUGAGAGUGCCAGACCUGGACAGGUCAUUGAGACCAUCAGUGCUGUUGACCGAGACCAGCCUCAGAGUGGACACCGCUUCUUCUUCUCCCUGACCGCUGAGGCUGCUGGGAAUCUCAACUUCACCCUGAGAGACAACAAAGACAACACGGCUUCUGUGCUGACCAAGCGAGGGGGUUUCCAGCGCCGCCACCAGAACGUGUACCGCCUCCCCGUCCUCAUCAUGGACAAUGGGAGCCCCGCCCUCAGCAGCACCAACACCCUGUCCAUCCGGGUGUGCGACUGUGACCCUGAUGGGAUCCCCCAGUCGUGUGGGAGUGAGAACUCCAUGCUCUCAGCGGGCCUCAGCACCGGGGCACUCAUUGCCAUCCUGGCCUGCAUCCUCACACUACUGGUGCUCGUCCUGUUGAUCAUCACCAUGCAGCGACGGAGGAAGAAGGAGCCCUUGAUCCUGGACGAGGAGCGUGACGUGCGCGAGAACAUUGUGCGCUACGACGACGAGGGAGGCGGCGAGGAGGACACCGAGGCCUUUGACAUGGUUGCUCUGCGCAAUCUCAACGUAGUCCGUGAGAGCGGUAGCAAGAACCGCCGUGACGUCACCCCAGAAGUGCCCACCCUCUUCUCGUCUUCCCGGCCACCGCCGGACAACGGCAUCUUCCGCGAGUUCAUCUGGGACCGGCUGAAGGAGGCCGACGUGGACCUGUCAGCACCACCCUACGACUCACUGCAGACGUACGCCUUCGAGGGCAGCGGCUCAGCCGCAGAGUCCCUCAGCUCGCUGGAUUCGCUGAGCAUGGACUCGGAGCAGAACUACGACUACCUCAGCGACUGGGGGCCACGCUUCAAGAAACUGGCAGACCUCUAUGGCCACAGCGACGGCGGCAACCUCUUCGUCUCUUAGCCCUCGGUUGAGGCCCGCCGAAACAUCAGCACGGACAACAGAACAAACAAGUGAAGUAAACAGAAGGAUCUGAAUAAGGAUAUACAAGAAAGGACAUUUUAGGUGACGCUGUACUCUGAGAGGACAUUUGAUUGGUGUGUAUAAAUACAUCAAUGUGGGUUGAGAGUUAACUGUAGGAUGAUGGUUUUCCAUUCAAAAUGCUUUGUUUUGGACACUCUGCAUACUGGCUGGAUUUUUUCAAAGGGUGACAUUUUGGAGAUUUUGUUGGUAAUGUUUUAACAUGAAAUGAUGCAAAGCUUAAAACGUUGGGAUGGCCUCCAGACCCGUUGGAAGGACCUCAACGCACAAAUGUCCAGACAUUCUCAUGUCACAGUGACGUUCAAACGGAACAAGGAGUGAACCUAUAUCUAUGCUUCAGUGGUGAUACAACAGUGACAUUUUCAAGUACAACAUCUUUUCAUGGUGAAAUGAGUAGCCUGACCUCUUCAACUGGCCCUGUAGUUUGUCCCAGGGUUCACUAUGAUCUGUAACAUUUGUUUCAAACUGAUAUUUAGGGGUUCACAGCUUUGCUGUGAAACCUAUUGUUAUUCUUAUAUUAUAAUGUUUUCCUUGACAUGGUAAAAUAACUCAAGCAUAGAUUGAUAACUUUUGUUUGAAUUCGGCACACAAAAACUAGAGGCCAUGAGUAACUUGGUCUAAAAGAAUGGUACUGAUUGACCUAUAGGUGGCGCUGUUAUGCGCAGUCUCAUUUAAACCCUCAUAUCCGCCUUCCAGUAUGACCUACUUUAAACUUUGUAUGUAGGUGUCUUUCCUCAUACUGAACCAAUUUACCUCAAGGACCCAUAAGGCCAGCCAGGAUAGAUUUUCCUACAUCUUGGACAUUUUGGAAAACCUUUGAAAACCGUAAACUCAUGAUAAAAAAUAACAUAAAUAAGGGAUUGAUUAAACAGGGCUGAGUAAUUAUUAAAUCUAGAAAUCUGAUUUACGUGUCCAUUUAAAUCCUUUGUAAAUCCAUUUCACAAUGUCCUAUCAAUUUGCAACUUCUUAGGGUCAUCAAAGACAUUACCAUGAUGAACCAUGUUAAGUUUGGCAUUGAUUUAGCCGUUUUUAUAUCAAUGUCAAAUAAUUUCUUGUCAACAAUUAAAUACCUUACUGUAAUAGUUUUCCAUUGAAA